GGACAAUCAUCCCGUCGCCUGCUGGACAUAGUGGCAGCCUGCUGUGCUCCGUGACGCCGCCACAGACGGCGCAGCAUACGCAGUACAAAAGGACGAGACGCAUCAAUGCGGUGAGCGCAAUCAGAAGGUAUUUGCCCGUUCCUGCGCAGCUGAGCCCUGCCCUCACCGAGCUACUCUGCACACUACUGCACCGCCAUUCAGGCGUCCUUCACUUUCAUACUUUUACCUCCACCGCCGCCUCUUGCGUGUGUGCGACUCAUUGCUCAUUCUUCUGCUUCCUCCUUCUCCACUUCCUCUACACAUAUACGCCCAGUGUCUACUGGUUUCACUCAACCUUUCCUCUCCCGCGCUGCAUCUCCUCUCACGCUUCUGUCGUUUCCGCCCCCAACCUCAAUCGCCGAUCUACCUGCCUUUGCGCAAUCCGAACACAUUCUCCAUUGCAACGGAAUAGACCACUACUGCGUUGUCGCCGAGCAGCUCCAUGUCAAGCACCAUGGCCCUCCCAGACGAAGAUGACUGGGACUACGUCCGCGAGGAGCGCCGCCUUCGCCGCCCCUCCCCACCUCGCCGCUAUGUGACUGACACCCGGCGCUCCUCUCAUCAACGCCUCCUCAACCCCCACAUGAUGGACGGCGGCAGCCUAACACGCACUCGAUCACAAGGCGGCCACCCCAAUCCGAUCAUCAUCAACAACGAACUCGUCCAAGACAACCGCACUCCCUCCCCUUACGCACCCUACCCGCCAUCCCCCGACUUCCGCGGACGCAACCGACUAGGCAGCGACCUCGCAGAUGACUUUUACGAGCUCGCCCUGGGCAAUCGUAGAGUGCGCUCGCGAUCGCGCGGCGUCUCCGAUGCGGCCUGGGCGGACCGGCGAGACGAUUGGUACGAAGCCGAGCUGCGGCGCAAAGAGCGGCAACUGGCCGAGUUGGAGCGCAAGGCUUCGCUGGAAGAUGAUCGGGAGCGACUGAAACGGGAAUACGAACUGCAAGCGAUCAAAGAGAAGGAGGAGAGGAAGCGGAUUGAGCAUGAAUACGAGCUGAAGAAGAAGGAGGAUGAGGAGGACAGGAAGGAUGAGGAGCAAAGGAUUCGAGACAAGAUCAAGCGGGAGGAGCGCGAAAAGAAGGAGAAGGAGGAUCGGGAGUGGGACGAAUUCAUGGAUAAGUGGAAGGCGAAAGAAGCCAAAAAGAAGGAGGAAGAGAAGAAGAAGGAAGAGGAAAUGAACGAAGCGUUCCGCCUUCGCCUACUCAACAUGGGCUACUCGCGAACAUACAUUGAGCGGAUGAUGGCAGAAGAGAAGCUGAAGCGCUCCGAUCACCACGCCCUCGUACCCUUCAGCGGUGGUGGGCGCAUAGGUGGCGCUGGCCGCGUUGGCGCCCCGACAUACGUCAAGAUCCACCGCGAGUACCUCUCCGUCGACACCCUGCGCUACUUCAACUUGCCAUGGGAAUGGGACAAGAAAGACAAAAACUACAUCAUCAUCCUGCGCGAAAUGGACAAGUCGGAGACGGAGCUGCUCUUCGAGCACACGCGCAGUCUGCGGCAGGGCAAGCUGCUGCUCGAGCCGGCGGCGAAGCGCGCGCCCGGCCCGCAGUAUGCGUUUGUGCGCAAGCGGGACCGCAGCACGAGCCAGGUGAAGAAGCUGAGUAUUGUCAAGUUUGAUGAGGAGAAGUGAGUUGGCGGUGCAUUGCCGGAUGGGGUCGACUGGUCAUGAGGGUGAGAGGAGACGAUUUGUGAGCGAUCAUUUGGCUUGCGUUGUUGCUUUUUCAAUGCAUAGCAUUGCUACUUCAUGAAGUGCCCUUGCCGCCUUUUGCGAAAGGAUACCCCCUAGGUAGCCCGGUAUUUACGACAUCCGAAUUACAUACGUCUCAAAAAGACCCAGCGGCAGAUCCCGACCCUUUGCG